AACCUGGCCGUUCGGGCUGCAGCAGCGCCGAGGUCGACGUCGCGCGUCGGUGUCGGUGUGAAUCGUCCUGCCGCUCGUCCAGCCCCGCAGACCUCACUCGGAUCUCGGUGUGCGUCUGCCUUGAUGUGACGAUGGCAGACAGCUCUCAGUGUUUCUACUGCCGGGAGGAUCUGGGAGGGAAGAGGUUUGUUCGCAGCGAGGGAAAGCCCGUCUGCGUUCGCUGCCACACCAAGUUUUGCGCCAACACCUGCGCCGAGUGCCGUCGACCCAUCGCUGUGGAGACCAAGGAGCUGAGCCACAAAGGACGCUCCUGGCAUGAAGAGUGUUUCCGUUGCACCAAGUGUUACAAGCCUCUGGCCAAGGAGCCGUUCAACACCAAGGAUGACCGUAUCAUGUGUGUGAAGUGUUGCUCRAGAGAGGAUGCUCCGCGCUGCCAUGGCUGCUACAAAUCCAUUCCAGCGGGCACAGAGACGGUUGUGUACAAAGGAAACUCGUGGCACGACGAGUGUUUUACUUGCAGCGGCUGUAAAAGACCCAUCGGUUCUCAGAGUUUCCUCACCAAAGGAAAUGAUGUUUACUGUAACCCGUGCUAUGAUGAAAAAUUUGCCAAACAUUGCGUCAGCUGCAAAAAGCCAAUAACCUCUGGAGGAGUGAACUACCAGGAGCAGCCGUGGCACAGCCACUGCUUUGUGUGCAGCUCCUGUUCAAAGCCUCUGGCCGGGACCAGUUUCACCAACCACCAGGACCAGGUCUUCUGUGUCGACUGUUACAAGAGCUCUGUGGCCAAGAAGUGCAGCGGCUGCCAGAACCCCAUCACAGGUUUUGGUAAAGGUGUGAAUGUUGUGAACUUUGAGGGCGGCUCGUGGCACGAAUACUGCUUCAACUGCAAGAGAUGCUCCCUCAAUCUGGCCAACAAACGAUUUGUGACCAAAGGAAGAGACAUCCUCUGCUCUGACUGUGACGACAAGGACUGAUGUGUUGAAUCAAACGAAACAAUAAGAAUAAUCCAGCUUUCUAGCUUUUUAGUGUUUUUACAAAAAAGGACCGUGCCUACAUUUCAAUAUAAUUUCUGUGGUGUUUACUGAGGGUGUUAUUUCUACCACAUCAUACUUGUAAUGUACAAUGAGCUGAAAUAACAUCUCUUAUAUAUUGAAGCAACUUGUGAAGGUUUUUCUUCAGUCACAUAAAAUACAUGAAUAAAAAUAAGAACUAUGCAACAAAUGGCAAGUUUCCCCAAGUAACAGAGAUAAACUUGGUUGGGUAUUUGCUGCUGAAAUAAAUCCACAGGUUGUGUCAGUUUCAUUCUUCUGUCUGUUUUUGUAAAGCUGGUCUAAAAACGAUUUGAUCUGCAGCGACUCAAGUUGUUGAUGCGUUCAAAUAACUGAGAACUUGUUUUAUAUAUUUUUAAAGUUCAUGUUUUUAAUGAUGCACGAAGCUAAAAUAAAGUGUUUUAAAUUGUAUUACUGUUAUAAUCACCUUAGUGCCUGUCUUUUUCCUUUUAUUUUUAAAGCAAUAUCAUUCCAGGAUUAAAUUAUCAUUAUUUUAAAUAAAUUAUUUACCAAAAUAUAUUUGAUCUGUAAAACUUUAUGCACUUUUCUAAUCCUUUUUCUCUCCACAAAAAGAAAAAUAAUUGUGACAUUAAAAUAUUCGCCGCAUGGUUUGUCAUUGCAGUAAAACGAAAUAAACUUUCUGCACCAAACAAAA